AUGCCGUGGGACGCGCGACUGCCGGGGGGCGGCGCGGAAGGCGGGCCCGAGGGCGCGGGGGCGGCGCGCUCCAGGGCGCAGAAGCAGUGCCGCAAGUCGUCGUUCGCCUUCUACCAGGCCGUGCGCGACCUGCUGCCCGUCUGGCUGCUGGAGGACAUGCGCGCCAGCGAGGCCUUCCACUGGGAUGAGCGCGGCCGCGCCGCCGCCUACUCUCCGUCCGAGGCGCUUCUCUAUGCGCUCGUGCACGACCACCAGGCGUACGCGCACUACCUGCUGGCCACCUUUCCGCGGCGCGCGCUUGCGCCUCCCAGCGCCGGAUUCCGCUGCUGCGCGGCGCCGGGGCCGCACGUGGCUUUGGCGGUGCGCUACAACCGCGUGGGCAUCCUGCGCCGCAUCUUGCGCACCGUGCGUGACUUCCCGGCCGAGGAGCGCGCGCGCCUGCUCGACCGCUGCGGCUGCAGCCGCGUGGAGGGCGGCGGCACGGCGCUGCACGUGGCCUGCGAGCUGGUGCGCCCCGAGUGCCUCUUCCUGCUGCUCGGCCAUGGCGCCUCGCCGGGCCUGCGUGACGGCUGCGGCCUGACGCCGCUCGAGCUGCUGCUGCGCCAGCUGGGCCGCGACGCCGGGGCCGCCACCUCCGCGGCCUCCGGGGCGCCCGCGCCGCCGCCCGGGGAGCCGCGUCAGCGCCGCCUGCUGCUGCUCGAUCUGCUGGCGCUGUACACGCCCGUGGACGCCGCCGGCCCGGCCCGCCGCGAGUUGCUGGGCGACCGGCCGCGCUGGCGGCGGCUGCUGGGUGAGGAGAAGUUCCAGUGGCUGGCGGGCCUUGCGCCGCCCUCGCUCUUCGCGCGCGCCAUGCAGGUGCUGGUCACCGCCAUCUCGCCCGGCCGCUUCCCUGAAGCCCUAGACGAGCUGCCGCUGCCGCCCUUCCUGCAGCCGCUGGACCUCACGGGCAAGGGCUAG